AAGCUAAAGCAAAAAAAACAGCACCAGAAGCAAAACCACACCAUUAUUCUCUUCUUUCUCACAAAAGCUCCCAACUUUCUUAACCAAAGCCAAAACGAACAAGAACCCAGAAUUUCUCAUGGAAGAAGACGAAGAUAUGUCUCCACCUUUCUGGCUCCGGCAGCAACCCAACACUCCCCGCCGCAGCCUCCGCCGCUCUACAUCCUCUCUCCUCUUCAGCUCCGGCGCCUUCAUCCUCCUCCUCCUCCUCGCCGUAGCUCUUGCCUUCAUAUUUAUCAUAGUCCCAUCUGUGCAUUCCUUUACUUCUCAGAUUUUCAGACCCAACACGGUGAAGAAGAGCUGGGACUCCCUCAACUUUGUCCUCGUCCUCUUCGCCAUUGUCUGCGGCUUUCUAGGCAGAAACACCGCCGGCAACGACGACGACGGCGAUCGCAGCGGCGUUCCGGCUACUGCUGCUGCUGCUGCUCAGCCGCAAGAGGUGGUCAAAUCAAUCCCGUCCACGCCGCGUCAGUGGUACGAGUAUUCAGAUCCGACGGUGUACAAUGAUCGUGUUGUUAACAGAGUGGGCUCCAUGAGAAGCAGCAGCUCGUACCCUGAUCUCCGACAAGACUCCGAAUGGAUCGCCAGAGAUGACAGGUGGCGAUUCUACGACGAUACCCACGUCAGCAACUACCGGGUUCCCGACUCCGAUCAGGUCCGGCAACACCGCCGUCGGGCGUCCUGGCACGAAGCAUAUGGAUAUGAUGCGAGUCGCAUCAAGAAUAUUCCGGUGGACACUUAUGUGAUCCGUACGGAACAAGCUUCUCCAUCAUCUACACCAACAUCCGAGGAGUCUGUUGUUCUGCCGCCGGUAUCGUCGCCUUCUCCGCCGUUAUCUCCGCCGCAUGAGGUGGCGCCUCAGCCGCGGAAGUCGAAGAGGACGUACCAAGCUGUUGGGGAGAAAGAGAGCAGAAAUGAUGAUUCGGAUGUGAAGAGUAAUUUCCGACAGCCAGCGCCUGUACCGGCUUCACCAUCGCCGCCGAAAUGGGCGGCGUUGCCGGAAUAUGAAGAGGUGGAGAAAAAGAGAGGGAAGAAUGUGAAGAAGAGAGGAGUUGCCACUACUAAAGAGUUCUUGAUAACUUCACUGAGGAGGAAGAAAAAGAAGCAGAGACAAAAGAGUCUCGAAAAUUUCGAAGCUCUACUCAACUCUGCUGCGGCUUCUUCUUCAAUGCCUCUACAUCCUCCGCCGUCGCCGCCACCUCCGCCACCCCCACCGCCGCCGCCACCAUCAGUCUUCCACAGCUUGUUCCAAUCAAAGAAACCAAAACCCAAAAAAUCUCAUCACUCAAAUUCACAGCAACCGCCGCCGCCUCCAUCGCCGCCGGUCACUUCCGCCACUCGAUUGUCGAGAAACAAGGCCCAAGUCAGGCCCAUGAUGACGGCUCAGAAGCCGCCAUUGCCGGUCAAGGUUAAGAGCUCCAACAUUAUAGAAGAUGAUAAUGCAAACAGCGGAGGGGACUCACCACUAAUGUCACGCAUUCCUCCGCCGCCGCCAUUGCCGCCGUUCAGAAUGCCGGAGCUGAAGUAUGCUGUGCACGGCGAUUUUGUUAGAAUCAAAAGCAACAACAGCUCAAGAAGUGGGUCGCCGGAUUUAGAUGACGGAGGUGAGGAUUCGCCGACCAGUGAGACUAGCCCAUUGAGUGGAAAUGAAUCGCCGGCAAGACCCAUAUUCUGUCCGAGCCCAGAUGUGAACACGAAAGCUGAUACCUUCAUUGCGAGGUUCAGAGCUGGUCUGAGGUUGGAGAAGAUCAACUCUGUGAAUGAGAGGAGGUCUAAUUUGGGCCCGGAUUCGAGGGAAGGAUGAGGCCCAUUAGGCCCAAGUUGAGGUUACUCGGUUAUGGAUACAUUGAGGUUGAGGAUAUGGUAGAUAUGUUUAUAUGAGUUGAGUUGAGUUGAGUUGUUUACUUGUUUAUGGAGUUUUCUAACAUAUACAAACAGUAUACACAAUAUUUAGUUCUUGGA